UGUGCGUGUGUGUGCGAGAGGGUUCUCUAUUCCCCAUGUAGUCAAAAAGCCACACUCACUCUCUCUGCUCCCGUUCACACUCUAGUCACUCUCUUACACUGUAAUAUAUACACAGUGCUGCACUGGCCUACUAGGUGACUCUAGUCCCCAAAUGUAAGUAAAACCCAUUUACACGAAGCUGCUGUUUGUCAAGCUUUAAGUUUGAAGCCCCUCUUCAUCUACUCUCUUUCUCUUCCUUUCUUCAUUCGUCUUUGCUAUGAUGGUCUACGGAUGGGUCUUGUUCUUGGGUUUGUCUCAGUUUCUUGUAAUGCAGCUUCCUCUCAUAAUGGCAGAUUGCCCCUUGGAUUUGACUGGAUCAAACUUUACCUUAGCAGCUUCUUUAUGCUCCAGCAAAGAUGAUAGAGGAAAGUGUUGCCGCUAUAUAAAUGCUUUCAUUGCAGUUUCUAUUGCACGCUAUGCAAAUGUAACUAGCAACCUAGGGGUUACUUCAAAUUUCUCUGAUAUCUGCCUCCAGUCCAUUUUACAAACAAUGGAACUAUAUGGUAUUCCAAGAAAUGCAACAGCCUUUUGUGGGUUUGGCACAAAAAUUCCAGUUAAUUAUGAGUGUAAUGGUCGAACAACUGUUACUCAGAUGCUGGAAUCUCCAAAGUUUGUGGAUGUUUUGCAAAAUUGCAAAGUGCCCCUUUCAGCAGAAAGCAGUUGCAGGAAGUGUUUAAAUGCUGGAAUUGUAUACCUUCAUCAUCUGGUGGGAAUCAAUGACAAUAUAACAUUAAGUACUUGCCGUGAUGCAACUUUUGCGGCACUUGCAAGCCAAGUUGAUGAUGCUUCAGCUGUCAAUAUUGCAAGCUGUUUCUUUGGAGUUCAAGGGCUUAAUGUUCCUCCAGCUAAUAUUUCAGAGCCAUCUCCAUCUGGAAUCAGUCCUGAGGCUUCUCCAAGUCCAUUGGUUGCUGCUAGUCCGAGCCAACUUAUGUUGGGAGUAACCUUAAAUGAGAGUCACCAUCCCUACCACCUGACUCUAAUUCCAGGCAUUGGAGUUGCAGUUACAGUUGUUGCUGUUAUGAUGCUUAUAGUACUGAUGGUUCUUAUCCGGAGGAAACGCAAAGAACUAGAGGAAUCUGAGAAUAUAGACGGGACUUCUUCAAAAGCUUUCCCUCCUUCUCGGACUAUGCGAAAAUUUCAAGAAGGAGUAGGACCUACAUCAAUGUUCCGAAAAUUCAGCUAUAAGGAGACAAAGAAGGCGACAGAUAACUUCAACACAAUCAUUGGACAGGGAGGAUUUGGAACCGUGUACAAAGCUGAAUUUAGCGAUGGCUUGGUGGCAGCAGUAAAGCGGAUGAACAAAGUUUCCAAGCAGGGGGAAGAUGAUUUCUGCAGAGAAAUAGAACUUCUUGCCCGACUGCAUCAUCGUCACCUUGUUGCUUUAAGAGGCUUUUGCAUAAAAAAACAUGAGAGAUUUCUGAUGUACGAGUAUAUGGCAAAUGGAAGCUUAAAGGAUCAUCUUCAUUCACCCGGAAAGACUCCUUUGAGUUGGCGGACAAGAAUUCAGAUUGCCAUUGAUGUGGCUAAUGCUCUGGAGUACCUCCACUUCUAUUGUGAUCCACCUUUGUGCCACAGAGACAUCAAGUCGAGCAACAUUUUACUGGAUGAGAACUUUGUUGCUAAGGUUGCAGAUUUUGGCCUUGCACAUGCAUCGAAGGAUGGCUCUAUUUCCUUUGAACCGGUAAAUACCGAUAUCCGAGGAACUCCAGGUUACAUGGAUCCUGAGUAUGUGGUCACUCAAGAGCUCACGGAGAAAAGUGAUGUGUAUAGUUAUGGUGUUGUACUUUUGGAGAUAGUAACUGGAAGACGGGCAAUACAAGACAACAUGAAUUUAUUGGAAUGGUCUCAAAUGUUCAUGGCUUCAGAAUUAAGACUACAUGAGUUAGUGGACCCAAGCAUCCAGAAUUCCUUUGACUUGGACCAGCUUCAAACAAUUGCCUCUAUUGUGAGAUGGUGCACACAGAGGGAAGGAAGGGCUAGACCUUCAAUCAAACAGGUCCUUAGGCUUUUAUAUGAGAGCUCAGACCCGAUACAUAGUGGGCUUUUACAAGCUGUGGAAGAUGAAGAGUAUGAGGGAAGUGAAGGUCGAGGAAGAAGAAGUAAAGGGAAAAUGCACAGAAGUGAUGCAGUUUUUUACAGUGGCGAUGGAAGAUGCCUUGCUUCUUCUUCAAGUACAUCAAGGUCAUAUUGCAGCAGAAGCUUUUUACUUGAAACUGGCUCCCCACAAUCUCCUUCCAAUAUACUUUCCCUCUGAGGCGGAUCAUUUUUUUUCUCUCCAAGCCUUUGACUGACACUUGUGAUUUACCGGAAAGCUAUAGCGCCUUGAUUGAAUUGUCGUUGAGACACAUUUUUAGCAAGGUUUAUCUCAGGUUGACAGGUAUGCGCAGUUUGUCACCUUUAUUCAAGUAUUGAAAACUUCAAUUCAUAGAGUAUAUGCCAAUGACUUCAAAAUCAAUUAUGGGUUGGAUGGUGGGGAAAGUGUAAAAGUACUCAUUUUAAAUCCAUAGUUUUGUUCUAUGCCAUCUUAAAAAUUUUGGAAUCACAAGGCAUAAGUAUAAAAUUUUUCUUUUAAAUCAUGUAUUGACAAAUUUUGACAUAGCAAUUAUGUAGUCAUUAGCAUUGGUUUUUCAGAUUCAUGUAUCAUUUAUGUAACUCAAGAGGUGUUUUGAUACAAUAUAUUAAAUUCUCACUUCUAAACAAACAAAAAUGGAUGCCUCAUUUUAUA